AUGAAUAAAAAUGAUAUCGAAAAACUUUUUCGUGAAUGUGAUAGAAAAGGGAAGGGAUAUCUUGAUCGAGAAGAUAUUAAAGUAGCAACAAUUCGACUUUAUGGUUUAAAAAUGGAUAAAUAUAAAAUUGAACGAUUACUGUCAAAUAUUCCAAAUCGAGUUCAUCCAGGUUUAACAUUAGAUCAAUUUAUUGAUUUUGUAUAUAGUUAUAAACAUCAAAUUGAUCAUGAAGAUGAAAAUCGUGAAACAUUUCUUAUUCUUGAUCGAACAUGUAAAGGGUUUUUGAAUAAAGAUGACUUUAUUCGUGCUUUUGAACGUUUGAAUAUCAAAUUAAAUCCUGACGCAAUUGAUUCAGCUUUUAAACAACUUGAUGUUGAUGGUGAUGGUCGUAUUAGUUAUCGAGAUUUUGAUUUUAUGAUGAAUUAUGUAGCGGAGGAAUGA